GCGUAACAGCGACCUGUUGUGUGGCUAAAUAAGCGACGCCAGGAAAGGCAAUGAAAAAUAUUGCCAUAGGUUGGGCUUUUAAGAGGCCUCUUGAUCAAGUAUAAAAGGAUCGUCUUCCAGCAAGACUAUCCUCCCAAACAGCAGCGCUUUCUCUUCUCUGUGCCACGAUCUCCAUCUGCCAUGUACAACAUUACUCCCGUCCCCGAAGACGUAAAGCAAAUCCAACAGUUCAUUCAGGACAGACGUGUCAUCGGUUAUGACCCCCUCGUCCAACCCGCCUUGCUUUUGCACGAGAUCACUCCCUCGGAGACAUCCGAGAUGACUAUUGCCUCUGCUCGGUACCAAGCUGCCCGCAUUGUUGCCGGCCAGGAUGACAGGGUACUCGUCAUUGUCGGUCCCUGUUCAAUCCAUUCCACCGAGCAGGCUAUCGAGUAUGCUCGUCUCCUCAGAGACAAAAUCCCUACCUGGGACAACCUCUUGAUUAUCAUGCGCGCUUACUUAUGCUCUGGACAGAAACCUCGGACGACCGUUGGCUGGAAGGGCUUGAUUAACGAUCCAGACCUCGACGGCUCUUUCAAGAUAAACAAGGGGCUGCGAAUUGCUAGGAAGUUGCUUUGUGACUUGACAGAUCUUGGCAUUCCUGUCGGUGUCGAGUUACUUGACACCAUUUCUCCUCAGUUUAUUUCCGAUCUCAUCUCCUGGGGUGCUAUCGGUGCGCGCACCACUGAGUCUCAACUUCACCGUGAACUUGCUUCCGGUAUCUCCUUCCCUAUUGGUUUCAAGAACGGCACUGAUGGAAGCGUCUCUGUUGCAAUCGAUGCUAUGCGUUCGAGUUCCAACCCUCAUGCUUUCAUGGGUGUUACCGAGCAGGGUCUGGCGGCCAUCGUCAAGACUAGGGGUAACCAAGAUGUCCAUGUUAUCCUUCGUGGUGGCUCCAAGGGCCCGAACUAUGCAUCUGAAUAUGUCCGGGCAGCUGUCAAGUCCAUCGAGAAGGCCCGCCCUGCAAACCACCCUUCCAUCAUGAUUGAUUGCAGCCACGGCAAUUCUCAAAAGAACCACAACAACCAACCCAAGGUUCUUGACGACGUUUGCCAACAACUUGCUGCAGGCGACAGGAAUAUAACGGGUGUUAUGGUCGAAUCUCACAUCAAUGCUGGCCGUCAAGAUGUCCCUGCUGAGGGUCCAAGUGGCCUCAAGUACGGCGUCAGUAUUACUGAUGCCUGCGUCGACUGGGAGACGACAGUUGGCAUGCUUGACCGCCUCAAUGAGGCUGUCGGUCAACGCCGCACCUUCCUCAUAGAACAGGGUUUGCAAAGGCCUGCGGGCUUCCAGCGCUCCACUCCUCCCUCUCCCUGAAAAACAGCUUUUGACUCUUGCCUUCUGUAACUUUUAAUGUACUGGAUUUCGGAUAGGGAGUUAGUUCGUUGUAUACAAAAUCAAGUGCUGUGGCGUACCCGAACUGUUAUUACACUUUGUUCUCUAUUCUUCUGUAAAUACCUGCAUAGACAUAGGAUACUGAUGCGGCCAACCAGAAGACAUGCGAAAAGUCGCUUGGUGUGCAAUAUUU